GGCGAAAGGAGAGGAACAUUGCAUUGCACCGAAGAGUCUAGUUUUGCUCCCAAACGCUUUGACUGUUGUGGACAGUGUGUUACGGUUGGGGGGAGGAGGGCGAGGGAUCGAUGUAGGAAUAACAGGGGCAGACAAGAGGCAACUGAAAAGCAACAACGUCCAACUUUUUGUGCCUCUCUGCUUCCCUCCGCAGAGGGAGGCUGGGCUCGCUCUGCUCUGCUUUGCUUUGCUCCUGCUCUUCGAGGGGGAGAAAACGGGUCCCACGCCGGGCAGUGUUUCAGGCGGAGGCUGGCCCCUCCAGCUCCCCGUGGCCAGCAGGGCUGGCCCGGUUCCCCGCUCGCCAUCCGCUCCCUGAGCUCGCCCAGCUCGCAUCGUGGAGGGGACCCGGGCGCGUCUCCCCACCCAAGCCCCGGCUCUUUGUCCAGUCUCGCCCCGGCCUCCCUCCGGCUCCUGCCCAUCCCGUCCUCCCUGCGAACUAGGCGCUCCGGAUGGCGGCUCCAGCCGCAGCUCCGGCCCCCGAGCGCCCUGCCCGGCUGCGGGAGCAGGAGCGGGCGGCGGCGUGCGAGGGUACCUGCGAAGAUAAUGGAGGGUCGAAAUAAUAGAUGACUCGAUGGAACGAACUAGCGUCCAGAAUUCUGCAAGAAGCUGGGGAGUCUCAUGUACUUGCUUGCUACGAAGGGCAGAAAUUGGGUUAAACAACAUUGUCACCGUUAAUUGUUGGCAUCAGAUUAAUACUCUGCCGGGGUCUCAUCAUGAAACCAAGCAGGAUACAGAUAUACAAGGCAAACUAAAGGUUUCAACUGCUAUUCAGCGCCUCCUCAUUUGUCCCGGAGCCCUAACAGUGGUGCCUUUUCUUUCCUGGCUGCUUUUCCCUGCUUCUGGAGCAGCAGUUAUGGUAGAAGCAGAUGGCUACUGAUUGGGGGCUUUCGCCUACGGCUGCGUUGUACCAAGCGGAUCUGGAUUGGUUUCCCGACGGGACAAAGCCUUUGUGGGAGAGAGCUCAGGGCUUCUCCUCGCCCCAGUGCCGAGAGGUCAGCGACAAAGCAGGGCGCUGUCCCAUCAGAACCAUGCUGCUCUCCCUGCGCGGCUGGGAGGGAUGCAGGGAGGCGCAGGUCAGUGGGUUAGGAGUUGUUCUGGUCCCUUCUUUUUCUGCGUUCUCGGUCACACUGCGAGCCCCAAGCGGGGCAGAACCCCUUCCUGAGGUGACCCAAGGAGACCCUGAGGCGUCAACUUCCGACCCUGCUAUCAAGCCAGAAGAGGAACACCCCUCCCCCCGCCCAUUGCUAUCACUGCCCUCUCAUAACUUUUCAUAUCCCCUCCGGAUGCGCAGAGCCUGGUCUGACACCCCCACCCCUGCUAUUCCUUACUGCUAAAAUGUGUUUAUUCAGAGGAAAGCCACUCGUUUAUGCCAGGGCUAAAGAAGAAAGGCUCCAAGCAGCGAGGAAGCAUUCAAAUAUCCCAGACGAAACGGGGGAAAAUGUAUUAUAUUUCAUUUUAGAAAAACGUUACAUAUAGCUUUCAUGGUCUCUUUGCAUCAGAAGAGAGAGUCUCCCAGGGGAAGGACCCUGAGUAAAUUCACGCUGGAGGAAACUAAAUGCCAAGCUCAUCUUACUGUGGGCAAGAGGUUCUUUUGGUUUCUAAAAUUAAAGAAAAAACAACAGCAAUAGACAACAGAAUUGCCUAUGACCUGGAAAGACACUUGCAAGCCAAAGUCAGCGCCAAGGCUCUUCCUUGCAUUGUAAGAUCAAACUCCGUUGGCUGAAAAGUAACAUUUCCGAAAGUCAGAGUCCUGUCUCGCUCGUUUUAGAUCCCAAAGUUUAAUAGUUGGUGGAAUUCCACACAGGGCUUUAAUGAUCCAGAGGAUAACUCCCCAGAAAGGGAUCUUUGCUGAAUAAACAAGAGAAAAAAAAAUUCUGCAAGUGUACCCGGGGCCCAAAGCCAGGGAGUGGAUUGUAAACGCAGCGAGAUACUUGCAAACAGAGCACCUAGGACAGCAGCCCUACCCUCUCCCACUGCCAUGGAAAUACACUGAUACCAUAGACACUGGGGGGAAUACGGAGCGCAGCUCAUCCUUGGCCACUUUCUGGUUUCCUGGCGCUUGGGAUUAUAUUCUGACCUGAUUCCUGUGAUGGAGGACGCCGGCGUUCAAAGGGGUAUAUGGGACGGAGACGCUAAGGCAGUCCAGCAAUGUUUGACGGAUAUUUUCACCAGCGUUUACACCACCUGCGAUAUCCCGGAAAAUGCUAUCUUCGGCCCUUGCGUACUCAGCCACACUUCUUUGUAUGACAGCAUCGCUUUCAUAGCGCUUAAAUCCACUGACAAGAGAACCGUCCCUUACAUAUUCCGGGUGGACACUUCAGCAGCAAAUGGCUCCUCCGAAGGUCUAAUGUGGCUCCGCCUGGUCCAGUCAGCCAGAGAUAAAGAAGAACAGAACCUAGAAGCUUACAUCAAAAAUGGACAAUUGUUUUAUCGGUCCCUUCGCAGGAUUGCCAAAGACGAGGAGUUAUUAGUUUGGUACGGGAAAGAACUGACGGAAUUACUGUUGCUCACCACCGCCAGAUCCCACAGCAAGAUGAACGGGUCGCCCCCGUACUCUUGCCUGGAGUGCAGCCAGCGUUUCCAGUUCGAGUUCCCCUACGCGGCCCACCUGCGGUUCCGCUGCCCCAAGCGACUGCCCAGCUCCGAGCCCGAGGAGCCGCGCGGCAAGGACAGCGGCAAGGAGCCGGCGGCCAGCCUGGGGCCCGGGGCCAACAAGUACUGCAAGGCCGGCGGGCCGCUCCCCGCGAACUACCCCAGCCCCCAGGACGGCACCGCCAAGCCCUCCACGGACUUCCACAACCUGGCCCGCGAGCUGGAGAACGCCCGGGGGGGCGGCAGCUCCCCGCGCCGCAGCCCGCCCGCGCCCGGCAGCAAAGGCAAGCGGAAAUACCCGCCGGAGGCGGCCGAGGAGCGCGGCCCGGGGGCCGGCCGGGGCCGCUUGCCCUCCUCCCCCAAGGAGGACCUGGUGUGCACCCCGCAGCAGCAGUACCGGCCGGCGGGCAGCUACUUCGGCCUGGAGGAGAGCGGCCGCCUCUUCGGGCCGCCCAGCCCCGAGACGGGCGAGGCCAAGCGCAGCGCCUUCGUGGAGGUGAAGAAAGCCUCGCGCGGGCUGGAGGCCGAGGGCGGCGCGGAGGAGGCGGCGGCGGCGGCGGCGGCGGCGGCGGCGGAGCAGCCGCCGCCGCCGCCGCCGCCGCAGCGCGCCUCGCCCGCGGGCGCCGGGGACCCGCUGCUGGGCGCCCGGCCGGGCGGGCCGCUCUCCGGGGCCAGCCCGGCGCGGGGCAGCGCCUUCACCACGGUGCCGCAGCUGGGCAAGGCGGAGGAGCGGAAAAGCGCCUUCUCCCAGCCGGCGCGCUCCGCCUUCCCCCACGGGGCGCCGCUCGGGCUGGCCCCCAAGCUGGGCGAGCCCUGCCCGGAGGCGGCCGCCGCCGCCCGCCUCUACCCGGCCGACCCGCUGGCCGCCGAGCUGCCCGGCGCCGGCGGGGCGCCCAAGCAGAGCCCCUUCCUCUACGCCACCGCCUUCUGGCCCAAGAGCUCGGCGGCCGGGCCGCUCCAGCUGCAGCUGCCCUCGGCCCUGACCCUGCUGCCGCCCUCCUUCGCCUCGCUGUGCCUGCCGGCCCAGAACUGGUGCGCCAAGUGCAACGCCUCCUUCCGCAUGACCUCCGACCUGGUCUACCACAUGCGCUCCCACCACAAGCGGGAGUACGCCCUGGAGCCGCUGGUCAAGCGCCGCCGCGAGGAGAAGCUCAAGUGCCCCAUCUGCAACGAGUCCUUCCGCGAGCGCCACCACCUCUCCCGGCACAUGACCUCCCACAACUGAAUGCCCCCCCCCGCGGCUGUAGAGUGACAGCCGCCCCCCCCCAGUGCAGCCCUCCCGGGAGCCGAACGCACCGUGGCCCUCCUCAGCCCAU